CGUCCUUUCAGGCUUUUCCUUUUCAAAUACGUAACUCUCGGAACCCCCUUCGGAAUGUUCCAUCCACGUGAUAUACGUCAUGAAUUUUCACAUCAACCGUGACUAUUUAAUCUGCAGCUGCAUCUACAUCCACAUCCACCAAUCACUAACCCAUCAUCACCAUGCCCCUCCGUCUCCCCAACCCCCUCACCCUACAAACACAAACCCCAACCCGCCUCCUCAGCACCAAACCAACCCUCACCCCCACCCCCAAAAAUGAACAAUUCAAUCUCCUCCCCGCCACACCCCGCGACAGCCCCUCUAUAACCGACGUCUUCCUCCACUCCUUCUCCGACCCCUUCAGCCGGCGCAUGUUCCCCCUCACCAACGACGUCCGCAACUGGUGGGUGGACCACUUCCGCACCGAGAUCCAAUCCACCACCUCUGCCUGUGCCUCGACCCCCCGCACUGCAUUCCUGAAAGUCACGACCGCAGACGGUGUAGUGGCCGCCUUCGCCAAGUGGAAGUUACCUACCCCCAAGACCCCAGAGGAGAGUAUUGGUAAAGUUGGUCAAGGAGCGACGGUGUGGCCGCCCAGCGCGGACGCGGACCUCUGUACGCGGUUUUUUGCCCUCAUGGAGAGUGAGAAGGGGCGGGUGAUGGGGGGGAGGGAGUUUUUUUAUCUCGAUAUGCUCGGCACCUUACCUGAAUACAACGGCCAGGGCAUCGGAUCCCGGCUGCUACGCUGGGGGUUGGAGCGGGCGGAUGCAGCGGGGGUGGAGACGUUUCUGUCGUCGACGCCGCAGGGUCGCGGGCUGUAUGAGCGGUAUGGGUUUCGGGUGGAUGAGCCAAGUGUAAUAUCAGCCGUGUACUACGGAGAAGACGAAUCCUACUGUCACGGAUUUGGGUGCAGUUGGUUCGAAGAUGAUGCCAUGAUCAAAGCUCCCUAUGAACAUAACACAGCGCCAAGGACUAGCAUGCGGGAUCACAGAUCGCAGUCCAGAUACCCCAGCCGACGUCACUUCCGAAACCGAAACGUCCGGUGCGUAGAUGGGGAGAAGGGUUGCAAGACCGGUGUUGAACACUGUGCUCGCGAAGGAAAGCCACAGUGCUCCCCCGAAGUUCUGGCAGAAAUAGAGAAAGGCCAUGCUGGUGGAGAUUUUGGAGGGAGGCAGAUUGUUUUGCGACGGCUAUGA